AAAAGUUCAGACGGUGCUCAGCUGUCAGCAAGAAAAGAACGAGAAAAAUUCCACUCUUCGGUCGAAAAGUCCAAAAAUCACUUCGAAGUGUUUGUUCUUUAUUCUCGUUUCAAAGUUUUGUUGUUAAAACUCACUUUUGCUUCGUCGCGGAAUAUCGAGGCCAAGUGCGUUAAAUGGCUUGGCGUUUACGCGUUCGCUCGGAGUGGCAUUUGCUUAUGCGAAGUUAUCGGUCCUGCACCAAGUGAAUCAUCCCGGGAGUGCUAAAGAAAAUCAAAAUAUUUUGCAUCUGGUGCGGAGAAAGAAGUCACCCGGAAAAGUGUUGAUUGGUUGUGAUCGCGACUUCAAACCCACCCCGGAGACAUGUACUGUCUGCAAUGUUUAAUUCCGGUGUUGCUGAUACCGAAGCCAACGAAUCCGGCGCUGAUGCAAACACACGUCAUGUUCAUAGUGCUAUAUCUGAUUGGGUUCUUCCUGGAACGUAAACCGUGCACAAUCUGCAGUUUGGUCUUUUUGGCAGCGGUGUUUCUGAUUUGCAACAGUGGAGUUGGGAACUGUCUGUUCUGGGGAAAUUGCGAGGGUCAUAGUUGUGACAACGGCUAGUGACGAUCAACGACUGCGGCGGCGGUGGCGGCGAGAGACGACUACAAACCGGAAGAAAAGGCUUGCGGUAGUCGGUGGCGCCUAGUUCCAAAGGCCCAACGUGCGCAAACAACUGAAAUCCUCUGGCUUUAUUUUUACUAAACUGUUGAAAGUUCUAAAGUAAGUGUUGUGUCCUAUUUUAAAACUACUAUUAACAAAUAAACAAAACAAACCGAAUAAAUUGCAUCCGCAUAUGUGAAUCGAUAACAAACGAAAUCAAGUGAGAAAAUUCAACCAAAGUGUGUGUAUUCUAGUUCCAUUAUUUGACUUCGUAGAAUUUCAAAAAAUUAACAGUAGCAAAAAAACUCAACAGCGGAACGAUCGUGUUCCGGCAAAAUCUGUUCAAGAGCCAUUGGAGUGGGAAGUUAACGCUAGUUGCUAGUUGUUUAGUCGGGUUUCUUCCCCUCCCAGUUUUUCCUUCUUUUGUCUUUUAGUUGUUAAUUGUGAUGUACAGUAGGAAGCGUGGUAAAAACGGAUGGGAAUAGAAACAGGUAUCUUUUUCGAACGUUUCGAUCAAUGCAAUAAAAAUCAAACAAGAGCUAAGAGCAGUGGCAUCAAGUAACACAUGAUGACGUGAAGGUCGCUGCUACGAACGGAGUUUUUCAACUUUUUAUCAUAUAUAAGUGUAGUGUGGUAUAGUGAUAAACAGUCACAGAUAGAUUGUUCUAGUUGUUACUAUGUGAUAAAAGAGUUCGUGAACGUUUUUGACUGUGCAUAAUAAAAUCAGCUGCUAGGAACAGCGAACAAAAACCGGUUACUUCUCUUCCUUCCCCCUUAUUCAAAUGUAGAAACACAUAAACGAUACAAAUUUUCGAGCAAAACGGAAUUAAUCAACAAUAAAUCCCCGAUUUCCAUGUGUAAAUACUAGUGAACAUAAUUUUGUACUAUUUAUUUUUGUAUUAACUUUAAACCUUAGGUUAGCGUGUUGAAAAAUUCAAAACAAAUAUUACACAACUAUUAGGUAAAUAUUGAAUUAACAUCAAUAUAAGAAAAACGAACGAAGAAAUGAGAAUUAAUAAAACAAAUGUAAAAUGAACCGACCGAAAUAAUUAUGCAUUGA